CGGCAAUACGGAUAUGCAUGGACCGCUCCGAUGUCGAGACGCAAGUUUAGACGGUGGACCUAACAAAAAAUUCGGGGUUGCCGCUCGCGCGCUUGCUUGCUUGGCCUCAGCUGAAGCUCCGUUCGUGGUGCCGUCGACGUCGUCAUCAGCUCCCGGCCUAGUUUAUCCCAGCCCAACCAAACUGUAAUCAUACCCCCACCCACAAAUUCCCAAUACAAAUACUGCCCAGGAAAUAGAUAGCGAGGAAGAAGAAAGAGAAACCAGCAGCAGCGAGCGAGGCCAACGCCAAAAGCUACCUCCUUUGCUUUGCUGCACCUGCACGGGGAGCGCCAGCCGAGAGAGAGAGAGACGCCGAAGCGGCGGCGGCCGGCUAGCCAGCUUAGAGCUUAGCUUGCUUAGCUAGGUAAAGGCAUGCAGGGCGAGUACCGCUCGUCGUCUUCCAGCGAGGACUCGGCGGGGUCGGCGUCCGCAGCAGCGGCAGCAGCGGCAGCGGCGGCGGCUAUGGCACCUCUUGCCGCCGCAGCCGCGGCGGUGGCGGCGAAGGAGGAGCUGGGCGUGACGGUGGCCGUGGCGCCGCCGAUGGCGCUGGCGCCGCUGAGCCAGCAGCAGCCGCGGCGGCAGUACCGCGGCGUGCGCAUGCGGAAGUGGGGCAAGUGGGUGGCGGAGAUCCGGGAGCCGCACAAGCGCACGCGCAUCUGGCUCGGCUCCUACGCCACGCCCGUCGCCGCCGCGCGCGCCUACGACACGGCCGUCUUCUACCUGCGCGGCCGGUCGGCCAGGCUCAACUUCCCCGACGAGAUCUCCGCGCUCGCGCCGCUCUCCCCGCCGCCCGAGGAGCUGGAGGCGGACGGCGGCGCGCUGUCGGCGGCGUCGAUCCGGAAGAAGGCCAUCGAGGUCGGGUCCCGCGUCGACGCGCUGCAGACCGGGAUGACGAUGGUCGCCACCGCCGCGCCGGCGACGAACCACCGGGAGCGGCAGAGGCAGCACCAGCACGCGCAGCAGGCUGCGCGCGACGAGGAGCUGCUCCAGCUCCACCACCAGAAGCAGCAGCGGACGGCGUGGAACGGGCGGGCCAAGAACCCGGAUCUCAACCAGGCGCCCGACCCGGACAGCUCCGACGCCGAGUGAAGCAGCGGCAGCUACGAGAAGCUAGCGGUCAUCCGCAGCAAGAAUUCAAGACGACGACCAUGCAACAAGUCUCCAGAGAGCAGCGUGUGAUCAGCGAGCAUGUACAAGCAACUCAGUCCAUCCGUCCCAGCGUAGCAGCUAUUCCUCCACCUCCGUCCGUCCGUGUCGGCGGCGGCGGGUGGUGGUGGUUGGUCGGUGGGUCGGUGGCGAGAUACACGUUUGUUGGUUCUGGAUAAGAACAAGCUAGGUGAGGGAUGGAGAGGAGAGACGGGGGACGCCACAAGUGGCGGUCUUUCCAAACGUCAAAAAAGACAGCUGUAACUGUGAUAAAAACAAGUCAUCUCGCCCGCCA